CCGGGAGCCCCUCGGCGGGGGGACCCCGCAGCCCCCCGGGGCCGCCGGGAGGCGCCUGCGCUCUGCGGCCGCUCGGUGCCGGCCCCGCGCCUGGCGCCGCCCGCAGCCCGGCGGCGGCCGCUGCCUAUUUUAGUCACAGCGCCGGGACGGGGCCGCCGCGGGGCCGGGGGCCGGGGGCCGGGACGGGACCGGAUCGGAUCGGAUCGGGUAGGAUCGGAUCGGAUCGGAUCGGCCGGGACGGCGCCUGGCGCCGGGGGCUGCGGGGAGCGACCCCCCUCUGGCCGCCCCGUCUGGCCCGUCCCGAACCGGCCGCCAGACUUUGCCGAGGGCGCCCGGCAGGGGGCACGGGGACAGAUCAGAUAAAACUACAGAUGACACGUCCAAAGUCAAGACAACGCAUGAACUGAUGAGAAACAACAUUGCCUUCUGAGAACAUUAGCUUCCUAGUUGCUGGAGAUCCUAAGUGCAACUUUUCUACCAAAAGAGACCCUGGCACUAUGUGAUCAUUGAGCAGAGUUUGCAAGAAUGGAAAAGCAAAGGACCCCUCUGGCUGUAUCAGCAUAAAUAACAAUUUCAGAGAUUCAGCCGAAUCGAAAAAUUAGUCCAGCCAUGGGAGAAAAUGCAAGUUUUUGGGAGAGCUUGAUAUAUGCACACCCUACAUGCGCCACCUGGAAGCAAGAGGCAGAGGGAUCUAUCUACCACCUAGCUAGUAUUCUCUUUGUUGUUGGCUUCAUGGGUGGAAGUGGAUUCUUUGGGCUUCUCUAUGUCUUCAGUUUGCUUGGAUUGGGCUUUCUCUGCUCUUCUGUUUGGGCUUGGCUGGAUGUCUGUGCUGCUGAUAUAUUCUCCUGGAAUUUUAUACUGUUUGCUAUAUGCUUCGUACAGUUCAUUUAUGUUACCUAUCAAGUUCGGAGUGUUUCCUUUGACAAAGAAUUCCAGGAACUCUACAGUGCUCUCUUCCAGCCUCUAGGAAUUUCCUUAACUGUUUAUAGGAAGAUUGUCUUGUGCUGUGAUGCAGAAGUGGUUACCCUGGAAAAGGAGCACUGUUACGCUAUGCAAGGCAAAACACCUAUCGAUAAACUCUCCUUGCUUGUAUCAGGCAGGAUCAGAGUGACAGUUGAUGGGGAGUUUCUGCAUUAUAUUUUUCCUCUUCAAUUUCUGGAUUCUCCUGAAUGGGAUUCACUGAGGCCCACAGAAGAGGGAAUUUUCCAGGUAACACUUACAGCAGAGACAGAUUGUCGGUAUGUGGCCUGGAGGAGAAAGAAGCUGUACUUGCUGUUUGCUAAGCACCGUUUCAUCUCACGCCUCUUCUCAAUUUUAAUCGGGAGCGACAUUGCCGAAAAACUGUAUGCUCUGAACGACAGAGUGCACGUGGGGAAGGGGUUUAGGUACGACAUUCGCUUGCCAAAUUUCUACCACGUUUCGCUCCCUGAGACGCCCCCAGUGCCACCCCCACGCCGCCUGCAGAGGAGGUCCCCCAGGCGGCUGCGGCCAGUGGUCCCAAACUGCAACUCCUCCAGGAAGCAAUAGCAGGGAGGAACCUGCUCCCCUAAUCAUUCCCAAAGCCACCCCGAGCACAAAGAGGGGACGCGGUGGAGCGGGAGGAUGAAGCAGAAUGAGACAUAGCGACGCCAAAACUGACUGAGAAGUGCCAUUUACUUUAGCUGAAGUAGCUUGGAUUCCCCCUGUAGAGCCAGCUGGUUGGCUUGUGCAUUCUGACUACUUGUGCAAUAUGUUUAGUUUCUGUUGGUUCUUCUGUUGACCUUGUUACUUUGGGAGGAAAACAAAUCACAAUAGGCUGAAGUUUUAUUGUAAUUGUGGCAGCCUCUGUGCUGUGUUAAAAACUAAGACAAAACAACACAGUAUCUGUGAUUAUACCUUCUCAAAAAUAUUUGCCAUUAAAAUACACAGUUCUACCUUAAUGCAAACAAGUAAGCUGUCUUCAAAGCACAGCAACCUGCUUGUAACAUUCAACUUAUGCCAUGUGAACCUUGUCUCAAUUAACAUGAAGAAUAUUACAGGAAGAGACUAAUUGUAUUGUUCUUCUUUUUGAAGAAGUGAUUUUGAAAUGCACAGCAAGGUUCCUAAAGCAAACAAACAAGAGACAACAACAAAUCCUGUCCCAUGAGUGAUUGCUUUCUCUCAGGCUGUUCUAAAAGGACAUCGUGUGAAAACAAAUGCCAGUGUAAUUGCUGGCACUGGAAAAGUAUCGCAGUUAUAAUUGCUGCAAAUACAUGCUAGGGAAAUGAUUGUGCACUGUUUCUAACAGAAUGUAAUGCUACAGAACCUGGACUUCCAAGGUGUAAGUGCCAUUCAUAACAUGUACAAUAAAUACUGUUAAUCAAUCAACUGCCAAACUACUGGAGUUUGUUUUACAAUAUCCUUUUUUAGCCAGGUUUGUCAGAUAGAAAUUAAUUAAGAAACAGCUGCAGCUACAAAUACCAUCUUUAGCUGAAGCAUUCUUGUUUAGCUUCCAGAGUCACUUCUCUGUGCCUAUGAAUUCUUCAUUUAAAAUGUGUUCUCUCUGAAAAUCUGUGGUGUUUUAAUAACAUAAGGGAGCACCAGCUCAAGCUUCAGUGGGAGAAAGCUGGUUUUGAACCUUGAGGUCACUGUGCCUUUGGGGAGAAGUGUUUGAAUGUCUUUUCUAACUCACCUUCCAGAUGCAUGCCAGUAAUCAGAAAAUAAGAAGCAUUACUAUUUUAUGAAACCAUAUUGCUGCUUGAUAGAUCUUGAGAUAGAUCACAUCUUUAAUAUUUAAAAUCCAAAAUUGCUGGACUGUUUGGUAGGACAACUGCUGCGUGCUUGUGUGUGUGCAGGUGCAUAUAUGAGUUCAGAUCUUGAGUGCUGGUGCUGGAGGGCGUAAAACAAUGCUAAAACCUCAUUCUCGAAAGGUAGUCAGGCAGUGGACAUUUAACAACACUAUUAGAAGUGAUCUGAAACAGCCCUGUUUGAAUGGCCUUCGAUGUAGAAAAGUGUUUCCUAAGCUUUGCUUUCAUCUUUAUAUCCCUUUCUCAGAGAUGUUAGUAAUCUGCCAGACAUUAGUACAGCAUGUAACGUGGUAAUCCCUAAAUCCUGCUAAUAGCCCUUCCACAUUAUGUAUUCCGUGGUUGUUACCGACUGUGUGAAGUCCCUGACUUUGUCUUGGUCAAGAGAGAAUUGGUAAAAUGUGAAAGGAGAAGUCAUUGACAGUUAUUGAAGACUGGCUCAGGAAAUACCUAAGGCACACAGUACCAGAGUUUGGGAGAGGGUGUUAGGGGUCAGAGCUGUGCACCCUGGUCUUUUCCUUAGGUGGUGGAGAAGAGACAGCACAGUAGGCUGUGUGACCCUUUGGUGUGGCUCGGGAGUGGUAUUCUCACAUCACUUCAGCACUGCGAUUAGUAUCAUGGCCUACCUGUCGGCGGAGCUCACUGCCUGCAGUGGGUGAAGAGCGCAUCCCUUCCCACGGAUGCGGCCACCCAUGCUCUGUGCUGCACAUCCAGCCUCUGCUUCAACCAGCCGAGCUCUUGCUGGUGGCCGUUCCACACGCUGAGGAGCUUUUACGGUCCUUUUUAACAGGUGAUUCAAAAAUAGACACCCCCCCCAACCUCUCCUGAUAAAAUGGCAAGAAUUUAUAACUUUCUUUUGCUAUAAAACGUGUUGGACCAAGAUGAAGUUUAUACCUGACAUUUUAUGUGUUAUCAGCCUACAAGCAUAUAAAGGUUAUAGUCUAGAAACAUAAAAACUGGUAUUCAGGACUAAGGCAUAGUAUAAAGCAUGAACUAAUGCUCUUCUCAGUAUUCUUGAAUAUAUGGACUUGUCCUGUAUAUGUCCAUUGGAAAGCUUGCCUUAACUUAAAUAGGGCCAGUAUUUAAUAAACCGCUAUGAUCACUGUCACCUUCAAGAUAAGACCAAGGAAUUGUGCCCACCCAAUUUCUGUAUUAAGUGUAUGUAUUCCAUUUAAGCUAUAGCUUUCUGCAUAGAGAGGGACCUGUUCUGCAGUGAUGGGUGGUUCAUUACAUCCUUAGGUAAUUUUUUCCUUCCUCAUGACUAGCGUGUGCCUUAGUUUCAGCAUUCUUUCCAGCCACAGUUUGCUCUUUGUGAUGCUUUUCUCUGGUUGAAUCAGUUACUGUCAGAAAUCUCUACUAGGACAUGACUGAGUCAAUAUCUGAACAUACUCUUAAGUAAUCUUGUUUAGCUUUUGAUACUCUGCUUUUUGGGCUUUGAGUCACUUUUUUAAAAUCAUCUCCAGUUUUUCAGCAUCUGUUUGAGUCACGACUGGCAGAACAUUUCAGCUGUAGAAUUCAGGGCACAUAUCUACAAUAAAAUAUGUGCACACAAAGGACGGGAAGUGAGACACCAAGCCCUCUACACCCCUGUUUGUUUUUUUUUUUUAUUUUGACAGUGCUCCUAAAAUGUUACUAUAGAGAAUACAUGCUGGUAUGUGAUUCAUAAAACAGUAUUUUGGGAGAUCUAUCUAAUUUACCUCAGUAAAGAAGUACUCAGAAUGAUGUCUGUGAAAUAAUACAAUCUUUUAUGAUGUCAUAUGAACCCACUUGUAGGUUUGUAAACAUCUGGAGCAAGAUGAAGUUUCAACUUGAACAUCAUCCCAGUUAUGUCCAUGUUAUUACUCAGGAGUAGCUGUCAGAGAGGUGGUCAGGCUCCCUAGUAAUCGGUUUAAGUGAAAGCAUAAUUGCAUCAGAGCUGCCUUGUGAAUUGAAGACACUAUCGUGAAUCCUUUUCUGAUCAGCAGAUCUCCCAGUACUCACAUUUUAUGUUUUUAACAUUUCCAUAAUCUUCUAUGGGGUUAUGUCUAGAUGUGAAUGUUUUUAUAGGUAAGAGUGUCAGAAUCUGCUGCACAUGGCUGUUUGCUCAUUUGUCUGCAGCAGUUCAUCCUCCAGAGUUUUUAGGAUUGUGAACGUUGUGCUUGAAUUGCCCUUCCAGCCUGCAGAAAGGUUCAAAUUUCAUAUUACUGCACAAGCCAAAAAAAGUACAUGGCCCAGGACAGUCCAAGGAGCCAAAAAAAAGUUAUCCAUGAGAGGCUUUUAUAAAAUUUGGAUCAUGGCAAAUCGAUUUAUUGGAUGCAGUAAUAUAUUGUGAGAUCUUCAAAGUGAGUCCUCCCUCUCUGGGGGUGCCCCAGUGGCUGGUUGCCUGCACUCCUUUGGCAGAGCAAUGCACGUCUGAUAAAUGCCUUAAAUAAGCAUAGGACUGACCCUGUAGUUCUUUUGUUAGGUACUACUUGCUGAACAAGCAGUAGUGUAAGUACAGGUAACAGAACCUCAGAAAUGUUUUUGCUCUAGCAUGUAACUCCACUCAGAACUACAAAAUACCAGACAGGAUGUAUCCUUAUGUACUGUUUUAACUAAUAGUGCUAUGCAAGGCAAAUUGUAAAUGCUUAAUGAAAAAGAUUAUUUGAUGCGGUUGCCUGUUCUAACGGAGGCUGGACGUGGUAGCUAAGGAGGUCCAUCCCAGUCCUACAUUUUCAAGAAUUAAUUGCCCCGCAACAAACCAGCAGAUGUGGCAGAGGGUUCAAAGGGAACUCAAUAAUGGAAUGGAAAUAAUUGUGUCAAACUAUACACAUCUAUAUGACAUCUGCUAGGAUAAUGCUGGGAAAACUGGAUACAUGCUUGGAUGAUAUAUAGUUUUGCCAUACCUCAAAAAAAGGCAGAUGCUUGCAGUAAUCAAAUAAUAUGUUGAUGAUAAUUUCUAGAAAGAAAAAAAAAAACACUCUAUGGUGUUUAUGGUGUUUAAAUAUUUUUAAUGAUAAAUAUAAUACAUAUUUGGGCUCAAUAUACAUGAAAAAAAUAAAAUACAGUGUUGUACUGCUUACAUAAACAGGUCUUGCAAACCAUCUGUUAAAAAUUAAAUGAAUCCAUAAGCUAUUUAGAUAAAACUAUUUAAACAGAAGAAAUGGAAAGAAAUAUAUAUUUGCUGAAUUCACAUUAACAGAUUAAAUUUUUUUCUUCCUCUCUAUUCCUCUUAAUAUUUGAGUACAUAUUCUUCUGCCCCAAAGUGUUACGGCAUCACAGAUUUUUUUUACAAUACAACAAAGUAAAUACUUUAUAAAGCUGAUUUGUUAAUCUCUCUUGAAAAUACUUAUUGUGCUUUUAUUAGUAUGCAUAAAAUAUAAUAGGUUUGGGUUUUCCAAGGGAAAGCAGCCAUUUCAUUUUUUUCACUCUUUGUCCAAAUCACAUUAACUUUUCUGUCUGGUAGAUUUUUGUGGCUCUGCAGUUUCCGCUUAAUCUCCUGGGGCAGAGGGCAGAGGCAGUACGAGCUGCAGCAUGCCUUCUGUUGAAGUUGUCAGAAUUGGUUAAAAAAGAGAAAGACAGCUGAGUAGUGCUUGAAUGCUCUGGUAUUAAUAAUCUGGAUUACGGGUUUGAGCACAUCGUGUGUUAAGAGUAGAGUGAGCAAAUAGUUUGUAAUAAUCCAGAUUAUUAAUGCCAGAAAUUCAUACAUACAGACGUGCUGAAGGACUGUUUGCUCUCUCACUGUACUGCUCUAACAUUUGCAGUCUGCACCGCAUGCUCUGUGUGAGUCAAGGGAGUUAAUUGAACUUAGCCUGGAAAUAAUGCCACCUCCUCGUGGUGAAUCAAGCGGUGUAGGUGGAGCUCUGUAAGCACCAGUGUGUAGGAGCAGCGUCAGGAGCACAUCAUGUGAGGCACCCGGCCACUGCUGGAGGCUCCGCGAGCAGCUGGAACUGCAGGGAACGCUGGCACGGGGAUGGUGUGCAGGAUUUGGAGCCACCUCCAAAGCCAGGGCUGGCAGAGCCCUUCUGCUGAGCAGCUUUGCAGGUGGUUCUGCCAGCAGAGGGGUUUGUCCCGUCAUCAUUCUGCAAGCCACAAACGUUGUUAAACAUUGUCAUGGACUGUGGAGAAGGUGGGAUGUUCCCAAAAGCCUGUCAGAGCGGGAUUUUACAGCAGUUGUCCUGCUGUGGAUUCCCAAGUAGUUUUAUUCAGUUGUCUCUUCCACCACGCUGUUGGUGUGUUGUGGGGAUAGCACUGUUACUUCUUUGUCUUUGCAGAAAAGACUAAGACAAUUCACUGGUGUCAAAGGAAUAAACAACUGCAAUAAAAUAAUGGUGGUAAAUAACUAUUUGUCCUGGGUCUGGCUGGGAUGGAGUUAACUCGCCCUGCAGCAGCCCAAACAGGGCUGUGCUCUGCACUUGAGCUAGAGCAGCGCUGUUAUUACUGCCGGUGUUGUGUCUAUUGCUGAGCAGUGCUGGCAUAGCACCAGGGCUGCCUCCAAACCCCCAGAGCCAGCAGGCUGGGGUGGGCAAGAGCUGGGGAGCGGACAUCGCCAGGGCAGCUGACCUGAAGGGACCAAAGGGAUGUCCCAUGCCACGUGGGAAAGGGGCAGGAGAGGAGGGGCUCUCGUCAUGAAGAUGUCUGUCCUCCCAGACAACCUCUACGUGUGUUGAGGCCUUGCUUCCUGGGACAUGGCUGAAUGUCUCUCAUUGAGCCUUUUUCUUUCCUGUCAUACCGUCUCCCUGCACUCCCUUUGAGGUGGAUUUGAACUUGUCUAAAGCCAGGGGGAUGCGGUAGUUUUCCAGGAGUAAGGUGUAAAGGCCCCUUAGGCUGAGAAGGCCAGCAGUCCCGUUUCAUGGCUCAGUGCUCUGACUUGGCUGUAUAGGAGCAGGCAGCCCCACCAUCUUCUCCAGCAACCAUGUUUUAUAUGGGGGCGUUGUAGCAGGCUGCUCUGUGAGGGGAUGUGUGCGGGCACCUGCCUUUGGGAAGGGUUUUGGGCUUUGUGACCCCAAGUAGACAGAGACCUGCCUGGUGCCUAGGCUUGCAAGGCUGAGAUGGGACAUCACACAUGCUGAGCACUUCCCACCUGAGGGUUUUAGUGAACCACAGGAUGCACAUGGGAAUAUCUAGAUACCCAGCUGCAGGUUUGGGAUGGCAGGGACCCAGCUGUAGGACAUGGUCUGCAUGGUGGGGUGCUGGCAGGUACUGCUAUGAGAUGGGAUGAAAACCCAUCAGGUAAUCCCUGUAUCUGCUUGUGUGCAUUCUUGUACACCGUGGUAAACAUGAAAUAACAUCCCCUAAAAAAAGUGAGGUGGUCUAGUCCAUGUCUGCUAGGGUACAUGAGUAUGGGUAUCAGCAGUUAGUGCGACAUAGCUGUUGUGCUAGGAAAUCUGUGCCGUGCUUGGUUUGUUACCUUCAUGUUAAAAUCUCUACAAUUUUUAGUGAAUGCAGCAGUAGCAGAUGCUCUAUUUUAGUACAAGAUUUAGCUUAGAAAUAAAAAAUAUUUUGAAUACUUAUUUUGAAUAUGAAGCAAAAGUGUUCCUGUUUUCCUUGAUAGAAAGGUAGGGCUCUCUCAGAUGACUUUUUAAGCAGCUCUCCCAAGUGAAGUGAAUGGGGACUUCUUAAACACCAGUCAUACUGCUCCAUCCUCUGAAUUUUACUAGGUCUACAUUUUUUUUUGUUUGGUUAUGGCUUUUCAAAACAUGCAGUAUCCUUUAAAUAUAUAUGUUCAUAUGUUAAAGAAUUAAUGAAUAAUUAUUAGUAGGAAAAAAAACCACACACACAAUAUAUAUGGAUAUUUUAAAAUGAUAUGGAAUAUAAAACAUUUUUUAUAUUUUUUGUUAUAAAUUAUUACUACUUUUACCAUAGACAUUGCAAUUUUAGUUCUGAAUCUGCUUUAUACGGUGGUAUGCAUAUUUAAGCUAAUAUUACAUGCAAAAGCAAUAACCAUAUAUAUAUAUUAUGUUUGUUUACUGCAGUAUGUAUCCCUGUUUUUAACCCUAUAUAAUAGGGUUCUGUUUGUUGCUUUUUUUCUUUACAGAACAAAAAAUAUAAUAAACAUUAAUCA